UUUGUUGGUUAUCUGGUAGUGACUGAUGAACUAUCGCAUAUAAAAUUUCAUUGUUACACGCUACAAUCCUCAAGGCUGCUUGUUAAACGUUAUAGUUUAGAUAUUACAGAGGUUAAUUUGUUACGUUUUAUUAUUAAACACUUAUUAAACAUUUCAACAUGUCGGAUAAUCCUAGCUCCCCUCCUCCAAAUACCCCCAGUGAUAUUGAUCGUCGAAAUUUCCGUUCCGGGAUGACCUCACCGGUCGGAGAUUUCGAACCUUUCGAAAACGAGGAGGAAAUUCUGGGCGACAUGACUAUCCGAGAGGACAACUAUGAUGAAGACGAAGAUGGAGAGGACCUAUUCGGUGAUAACAUGGAAAAUGAUUACCGCCCAGUUCCACAUCUUGACCGAUACGAGAUGGAUCAACUGGAUCAGGAAGCCUACAGUGAUAUUUCGCAAACGGAUCGAGCGGCUGCUGAAGCAGAAAUGCGACGCCGCGACCGCGCUGCGGGCAUUCACCGUGAUGAUCGGGAGAUUUUCUAUGACAAGAGUGAUGACGAAGAUGAUAUUCCACGGGCGAAACGACGCGCAGCGGAAAAAGCCGCUGAAGGUGAGGUAGAAGAUACAGAAAUGAUCGAGUCCAUUGAAAAUUUAGAAGAUACCAAAGGGCACAGUAUUAAGGAAUGGGUAUCUAUGUUGGGACCUCGUACAGAAAUUGCCAAUCGAUUCAAUAGUUUCUUGCGGACAUUUGUCGACGGAAAAGGGCAUUACGUGUAUCGGGACCGGAUUCGAAGAAUGUGCGAACAAAACAAUUCUAGUUUUGUGGUUUCCUAUACCGAUUUGGCUAACAAUCAACACGUUCUAGCAUACUUCUUGCCAGAAGCUCCUUUUCAAAUGCUUGAAAUUAUGGACAAAGUGGCCAAGGAAAUGGUACUAAGCAUUUAUCCUACCUAUGAACGCGUUACCAACGAAGUUCAUGUUCGGAUAUCCGAGCUUCCAUUGGUGGAAGAAUUGCGUACAUUUAGAAAAUUACAUUUAAAUCAACUCGUUAGAACCCUCGGAGUAGUCACUGCUACGACAGGUGUUCUUCCACAAUUGUCCGUCAUUAAAUAUGACUGCGUGAAGUGUGGUUAUAUCUUAGGACCAUUUGUGCAGAGCCAAAAUACCGAAGUGAAACCAGGUUCUUGUCCCGAAUGUCAGAGUGCUGGACCUUUCUCAAUUAACAUGGAGCAAACGUUGUAUCGCAACUAUCAGAAAAUUACUCUCCAAGAAUCGCCUGGCCGUAUUCCAGCAGGAAGAAUUCCUCGAAGUAAGGAUUGUAUUCUACUGUCGGAUUUAUGUGAUCAAUGUAAACCAGGUGAUGAAAUUGAAGUCACUGGAAUCUACACUAACAACUAUGACGGAUCACUUAACACUGAACAAGGUUUUCCAGUAUUCGCCACGGUUCUGAUAGCUAAUCACAUGGUCGUGAAAGACAGUAAACAGGUAGUGGCUUCACUUACCGAUGAAAACAUUUCAACCAUUCAGAAGUUGAGCAAAGAUCCACGCAUUAGUGAACGCAUCAUCCAAAGUAUGGCACCAUCUAUCUAUGGUCACGAUUAUAUUAAGCGCAGCUUGGCCCUUUCACUCUUUGGUGGUGAAGCUAAAAAUCACGGUGAGAAGCAUAAGCUUCGUGGCGAUAUAAACAUUUUAUUAUGUGGAGAUCCAGGUACAGCUAAGUCUCAAUUUUUGAAGUACACGGAAAAAAUUGCCCCACGUGCCGUUUUUACUACUGGACAAGGGGCUUCAGCUGUCGGUUUAACAGCAUAUGUCCGAAGAAAUCCGACCACUCGGGAAUGGACAUUGGAGGCAGGUGCACUAGUGUUAGCCGAUCAAGGUAUAUGCCUGAUUGAUGAAUUUGACAAAAUGAAUGAUCAGGACCGGACAUCUAUUCAUGAAGCAAUGGAACAGCAAUCAAUUUCUAUCUCCAAAGCUGGAAUUGUCACCUCACUACAAGCCCGGUGCGCAGUUAUCGCAGCAGCCAAUCCAAUCGGGGGACGUUACGAUCCAAGCAUGACAUUUUCGGAAAACGUCAAUCUGUCGGAACCGAUCCUUUCCCGUUUUGACAUACUUUGUGUUGUUAAAGACGAGUUUGAUCCUAUGCAAGAUCAACAGUUGGCGCGAUUCGUUGUCGGUUCACAUAUAAAAAAUCAUCCGACUAUGGAAGAUGUAAUACCAGAAUCACAACCCACAGACAGCUUGCAAAUACCACAAGAUAUGCUGAAAAUGUACAUCGUUUAUGCUAAAGAAAACGUUCAUCCAAAGUUGACGAACAUGGACCAAGAUAAAAUUGCCAAAAUGUAUGCUCAACUUCGCCAGGAAUCUCUUUCAACGGGAUCACUUCCUAUUACGGUUCGUCACAUCGAGAGUGUUAUCCGAAUGUCCGAAGCACACGCUCGUAUGCAUCUCCGGGAUACGGUUCAGGAUGUUGAUGUGAAUAUGGCCAUCCGUAUGAUGUUGGAAAGUUUCAUCGAAGCGCAGAAAUUUAGCGUUAUGAAGAAGAUGCGUUCCACAUUCCAGAAAUAUUUGUCCUUCCAAAAAGACCACUCAGAGUUACUGUUCUUUAUUCUGCGACAGUUGACGCUGGAUCAGUUAGCAUACAUACGGUGCAAGGAGGGAGCACGUGCAACGCAUGUGGAAAUCAUAGAGAAGGAUCUUUCCGAACGUGCAAAAUCUAUUGACAUACAUAACCUUAAACCGUUCUACGAGAGUGAAAUUUUCAAGAAAAACGGAUUCUCAUACGAUUCUAAACGGAAGACCAUUCUACAGAUUGUACCAGAAGGGGCCGAAAUGUAAAUUCAAUUGCAUUUGAAUUUUUAUGUUGCUGAUACGUACAAAUCUUUUGAUUUUUUUUUAAUAAAAACAAAAUAUGUUUUA